ACUACUUAUUUCUAUCACGUGGCUACAGGUAAAUGAUUUUGAUGACUCUAAAAUAAUGUAGUUUAAUUAAUGUUUUAAUAAAUUCCAAAUUAAGUGAAAACUUCCGAUACGACUGGGUGCUGAGAAUGUUUCGUUAAUGUUAGAGGUACAUCAAGCAUUAACGAGAAAUAUACCGUUAUACGAAAUCAACUGACCUCAACAAUCUCCUGGUAGACAGUACACCUUUAGAGUGUAUUGAAAUAUGGUGCGACCGGUACUACGAUGAAAAUAAAAGCGAAUUAUGUCGUGGCAGUGGUUACCUUAUCAUUUUUUUUCUCAAUAAUAAUAAUUGUUAGUGUGGUUGAAUCAACGAAAAACGAUGAACCACAGAAUGAGAAACAAGAACCAACAGUCGAUAUUUCUGAGAAACCUGAUAUACCGAAAGAGGUGAAAAAUUGGCCGGAGCAGCCUUUAAAACUAGGGCAAGUUUCUGGUGUAUCUGUCAAUUCGGCCUUGCAACCUGUUAUCUUCCAUAGAGGGGACCGAGUAUGGGAUCGAUUCUCUUUCAACGAAACACAUCACUUCCAGCUGGCUUAUCUGGGACCAAUAAAAGAGCAUACAGUUCUUACGCUCGAUCCCCAAACAGGGAAAAUAUUGGGAAAAUGGGGAGCAGAUUUCUUUUAUAUGCCACAUGGAUUAACAAUUGAUAGACACGAUAAUCUUUGGUUAACAGACGUUGCGUUGCAUCAAGUAUUCAAGUUCAAGCCCGGUGAGCUUCAGCCGUCACAAACCUUUGGUCAAAGAUUCGAACCAGGAUCUGAUAAAAAUCACUUUUGCAAACCAACUUCAACAGCUAUUGCUUUUACUGGUGAGAUUUUCAUCGCCGAUGGUUAUUGCAACACAAGGAUACUUAAAUAUAACGCAGCUGGAAGUUUACUCAGAAUAUUUCCCACAGCUCCAGAUGUUUUGUCGUUACAAGUACCUCACGGAUUAGCGUUAAUUGAGUCUCAGGACAGGAUUUGUGUAGCCGAUAGAGAAAAUAUGAGAGUUGUUUGUCCUAGAGCAGGAUUAUACUCGUUACAAGGGAAAAAAGAACCACCCCUUACAAUUACUUUACCAGAUAUGGGACGUGUGUUUGGAAUUGCAGCUAGAGGCAAGUUCGUUUACGCUGUGAACGGACCAACGCAUGCUCUUACCGUCCAGGGUAUGACCAUCAACCCACAGACAGAAUCCGUCAUCGAUCAUUGGGCGCCGAAAGAGGAAACAUUUGGAAAUCCUCAUGAUAUUGCAGUAUGUCCGAAUGGAUCAGCCCUUUAUAUAGUCGAAAUCGGACCAAAUCGAGUUUGGAAAUUCGAUUUAGUCCACCCAAAAUAAUAAUGAGAACGUUCCAUUAGACUCCAGAAAUAAUAUUUGAAAUAGUGUAUAAAAGCUUCCUCUCUUUAGGUGCAUGAAAAUAGCAUUGGACAUUUGAUACGUAGACAUAAAUUAUGUCUUUUGACGAAGCUUAUUCGUUAUAAUCACAGAAUGUGUUUAAAAAAAUUUUUUAUAAGUGUGCAUAUCAAUCUCAUUUGUAGAAAGCGUUUUUCCAAAUAAUGUAUUAUAAAUAUUUAGAUAUUUCAUCAAUAACUUUGUUUUCUCACAAAACUUUUGAUGAAAGUCAAAUAAUAGACCGGCAACAACAACAAAAUCUCUUAGUGAAGUAAUUAUUGUAAUCAGUUGGUCAUGACCGGUAAUUUUAAUUAAACAAAUUUUCUUGAAGUGGUAGAAAAUUGAUUCUAUAGUUCUGAGAAUCGAAAACAACACGAACUUUAGACUGGUAGGUAUUAUGCAAAGUUCACGUUGAAAGAAAAUCUACAGAUAUGGUAUCUUGUAACUUAAUUUUCAUCUUUUAUUCAAAAAAAGAGGUCAAACUAUCAUAUAGUAGUUUUUUCCCAAUUAUUAUAUCCUCUAAGUGCCCCAUGAGCUCCAUUUUCAUUAAUUUAGAAGAAACAACAACAACUAAUUAUAAAUUUGAUCUAACCAGAUCUAACAGCAUUUUUGAACUGGAGAUAUAUCCUUUUGGUUAUUUCCUAGAAGAUAUGAAAAUUGAUCGAUCAAGUCGGCCAGAAAUAUUUAUUAGUUUUAUCAAAUUAUGUAACAAUUACUCAAUAAGUCCUAUUACUAACUAAAAAAAACUGUUUAUUGCCAAAAAUCGAUUUUAUUCAUCAAUGUAAUCACCUUCAAGAGCAAUACAAUCAUUCCAAGCCUUCUCUAACUUCUCGAUGCGGUGAAUGUAGAUGGAUGUAUCUUUUGCAGCAGGCUUCAGUUUCAGCAACCGCUUCUUCAUUUGAACUAAUUUAAGAGCAUUUUUUUGAGGUCAGAAAAUAGCCAGUAGUCACUGGGGACCAUAUCUGAACUAUACGAUGGAUUCCAUGCCUAUCCCAAAAUACUCAAGCCAAAACCUACACUUUUGAAGCCAUUACUGAGCUUGUAUAGUAUUUUUUUAUCAAAAAGCAAUGAUAAAACACAUUAAAUUGUUUUGAAUCCAUUGUUCUGCAAAUAAGUAAAGUAGCUUCACUUAAAUGGCUGUCAGUUUCUUUGACUAAUCGAAAUGUCAUAAAAUGUCCAAUAUAGUAUUUUGAAAGUUGGUACAUGAUAAACGUCAUAUAAAUUUGACAAUGGCAGCGCCAUCUGUUUGUCCGACAUGUGAUAAAGAAAAACUUUUCAUCUUCGAAUUAGGCACAUUUAUUGAGAAAAAGAUGACAAAAUUAUGUAUGUAAUGUAAAAAAAUCUAAGAAAUUAAUAAAAUCAUAUUUUUAUCAAUAAUAUACACACACUCUGCUGCUUGAAGAAUUUUCGUUAAUUUCAUAUGAUUUCGCAAAUAAAAUAAGUGCAAUUCAAUAUAAGGAAUUCAAUUUUUUUUGUUCCCUUUCUGAUGCCUGCUAGGAGGGGAUCUAAAGUUAAGAAUAGACUAUUAUAAAUGUCUCUGUUGCAGUUUUUUCUUUAUAUAAAUAUUUCAAUGUUUAUGAAGACUCUUUGUAUCUAAAAAUAAGUGCAUUCAACGAAUUUCCAAAUUUAUUAACCAAGCAAAAAUUGCAUAUUUAUUUAUUGCAAACCGUUUUAUGGAACAGUUACAUGAAGAACUUCAUACUUCAAAGUACCAGUGAUUAAAACAAAAAUUACUGAAGAUUUUGUUCAAGUUGAUACACUUUCCAGUCCUUAUUUACUGGACUAUAAUGUAACUCCCGUACGAUAGGGUAUUAUGGAAAUAUGAUAUGGGUAAAUUAAAAUUAUCCGGAAAAUUUAACUGAUGUAAUUCAAUUCAAUAUAGUUAACUAUCCAUACUAGAAAAUAAUGUUUAUGUAGACAAUAAAAUCAUAUAUACUACUCA